AAGUUUAACCGCUAAGAUCUGCUGCGUACUAAGUAACAAGGCCCAAACACUGUGACGUUAACACUGCAAUAUUCAAACAUUGAUCAGAAUAGCGUCAUAGCGAGAGCAAAAAAUAGUUGGGAUAUUUAAAUAGAUCACUUCUGUAGAGAGUACCAUCCACUAACCAUGUCUUACCCCAAAUCUGAGAUGGCAGGAGGCGGGCCUCCACCACCAGGGGCACCAGUACAGGCCCAGCCAGCUGCCGCAGAGGAGGUCCCCUCCAGCUACCCCACACAGCCAGGCAUGCCCGGGGCCCCCGGAGGCUGGAUGGCCGCCCCCACACAGGUUCCUGCUAACUGUCCCAAGGGACUCGAGUACCUGGCACAGGUGGAUCAACUGCUGAUUAAACAGAAAGUAGAGGCUCUGGAAGCUUUUACUGGAUUUGAGACCAAUAACAAAUAUGAGAUUUUGAACUCCUUGGGACAGAGGAUUUACCAUGCAGUGGAGGACACCUGCUGCUGUACCAGGAACUGCUGUGGAAGCUCCCGACCUUUCGACAUGAAAAUUCUGAACAACCAAAAUCAGGAAGUUAUCCACCUGUCUAGACCACUUAGGUGUAGCAGCUGCUGGUGCCCUUGCUGUCUACAGAAAGUGACGGUGGAGGCUCCCCCUGGUAAGGUCGCUGGGUACGUGUGUCAGUCGUGGAGCUUGUGCAAGCCGCGGAUGAGGAUCGAGAACGCGGAAGAGGAGACCGUGCUCAGGAUUAAAGGACCCUGUUGUCAACUCAACAUCUGCGGUGACAUUGAGUUUGAUGUCUACGCCCCUGAUGAGGAGACCUAUGUUGGGCGUGUCACCAAGCAGUGGUCGGGACUGGGCAAGGAGUUGUUUACCGAUGCCGACAACUUUGGAAUCUCCUUCCCCCUGGAUCUGGACGUGAAUGUCAAGGCCACACUUCUUGGAGCAGUGUUCCUCCUGGACUUCAUGUUCUUUGAGAACAACACAAAGAAGGAUGAUAAAAUGGACAAGCACAGCAUGCAUUAGAAACACGACCACCACUAGAUGGCGUGGAAGCUGCAUGUCUCCAUGAAAUCAGGGUACUGGAUCAACGCCAUUCUCCAGAACAGUUCUCUAAACGAACAUCACUUACAGUGUAGCCUUUGAUUCUACCAUGGACUCUUUACUUUUCAUUUAUAUGUUUUAUACAGAAGAUUUUUAAUGCAGUUUGAUUCUGAAUGUAAUUCAUGUGGAUACUUUUAUGCUGGGAACUUUCCUAGGACUUCUUUUAUAGUUGAUUUUGUGUUAAAUCCUUUGUCUGCCAUCACUUUUAAGCGUUAUUGGAGCAGUAUUAUGAUUUGAAUAUCAUAGAGAUAUUUGAGGAUUUUGUAUGAAGUUAAGUAUCAAUCAUUGUACAAUAACAUGUACUGUAUUAACAUUCUCUCAUUUCAUGGCCUGUUGAUAUAGAUGCUGUCGUAUAAAGACAUUCAGGAAUAAUCAAAAAAUAAUGUAUAACAUGGUACAAGGGACAUUCUAUUGGCUUGCUGUGUAAUACAUGUAGCUAUGAUAUUAAUUUUUGGUGGUCAUCAUUCUCUAACAAGGCUUAUUCUGCAGCAAUACAUGAAAUCUCUAUGUAGACCUUCCCUCGGUAACUUGACUAUACAGCAUUAUAACAAACUAUAUGUAGAUCUGCAUUUAGAGUCAAAUGACCAAAGAUAACGAUUGUAAAGUCCACUCAUAUUUCCUUGUUAACAUGAACUUAUUUAUUUACAACUGUUGGAGAUCAAUCAUAUCUAUGUAUGUAUUCUUUUUAUAUCAAGUUUAAACUUUUAUUUUUACUUAGUUUAUUUUGUGUCUUAAAUUUUUUAUAUGAAGAAUUUUACUCUACACUUUUACUGAUUUACCCUGUGCUUUUAAUGGCAUUGUUUCUAUAAUUCACAUAAUCAAAUUCAACUUUUAUGACAUCAAUUUAUCGAUUUUAAUUGCUGUUUUUUCUAUGUAAUUCUCAAGACAAUAAACACUUUUUCAAGAUGAACAAGAGAAGCUGUAUUUGUAAUAUGAUGACUUCUGGACACUGUUUUUUUUUAAAUAUUGUAAUAAUUGACUAGAAAAGUACUGAUGAUAUAAAAAAAAAGAAGCUAUAAAUUAAACUUCUCAUUUUGAGUCAUCUCAAAGACUAAAUUUAGUAGUCGUUGUUUAAAUAUUUUAAUUUUUGCAUUUGACUUGAAAUACAUGUAUAUACCUAUAAAUUUUAUUACGUAAAAGUAUGCUUCCAUGAUUUCUAGGGGAUGAGGACCGCAUCGCCUCUGCACAUAUUGUGUGUACCCGGUAGUUUUCUUUUACUAUAUAUGUAUGUAAAAUGUUGUGAUAAUUGAUUCUUGUACAUCUUUUUAUAGAAUAUUAAAUAAUUGCUUCGUUUCUCUCUCACA